CGUUUGGCAACUAACGGUUUUGAAUUCGGUCACACUCAAUUAAAACACGCACGACACACAGAGACUCUUCCAAAAUAAUCGCUACAACAGUCUCACAAUGGAAACCAACUCCAAAAAGAUAAAACAAGAGGAAGAAGAGGCUGAAGAAGGUAGUUUUAAACACCCGUGGCUCAGUGUCAGCCCGGGUCAAGAGACCUUUCAGGAUUGUCCAGUCAAAAAAGAGGGUCACCAGAGCGGGAUCAGCGGGCCAACUACUCCCAGAAACAAAACCAGUUUGGCCUCAGUCGAAACAAGUCACAAUGGGAUGUUUCAGGGCUGUGGAGUUGGUGGAUAUUUGAAGAAGGAACCCGACCACUUCACCCAAACCUCGCCCACACAGGGAGAUGAUAUUCCGGCUGUCUGUUUAACCAUCCAACCAACAGAGAAAGACAUAAAGCAAAUGCAGACUGUCAGAGACGCAACUGGAUACAUUAAAAGGCCACUGAAUGCUUUCAUGGUGUGGGCUCACAUACACCGCAAGGUCCUGCAGAAAACCAUGACAAGAGGCAGUAUUAAAAACAUUAGCAUUCAGCUCGGGUUGGAGUGGUCCAAGCUUAGCAAGGAACAGCAGGAGCCCUACUUUCAAGUGGCUCAUCAACUGAAAAACAUCCAUAGUCACCAAUUUCCUGAUUACGAGUAUCAACCCAGAAAGAGGAAGCACAGAGAAUAUUUCACCCCAGUGCAGGAAGCUAGACAGGACUGGGGGCAGCACCAGUUUAGUUUUUCCCCCUUUUUCCCACAAGAAAAGACAACACUGUGUUCAGCUCAGCCCACGUGCCCGGUCCCCAUCAUAUCUUUGGCACCCGCUGGCUCCUACAAAGUGUACUAUAAUCCCUACUACCUACUACCUGUCCCCUAUGUGUCCAGUCUGAGUUACCAUAUUGAUUUAACCAGGAGCUCCAUGGGAGAAGGGAGGGAUCAUCACUGCAUUCACCCGCAGACAGGCCAGAUUGUUCCAGCCUCCCUCAGCGGGGAAACAGCGCAGCAGCCUAACAGCACUGAGAAAGUCCUCAGUGGUUCAUUCACAUUAGAGAGCCACACACAGCCCAGCAUCAUCACCAAUCAGCAGCUGUCUUCAAACAGAAACGAGGCGAACAAAUCUGAGGGGGACAUCGACGUGGUUGGACUGUUCUAGGAGAUGUUCAGCACACACUGGCUGAUUUUCAUUUGAGCAAAUCAAAUAUACAUUUUUCGCAUAUUAA